GACACGAUGUUUACAGAAGAGCAGUUCUGCAUUAUAGCAAGAGUUUUUACACCAAGCCGGAAUAUAGAUCAGUUUCUUGAAUCUUUUAUUGCUUUUAGAACCUGUAUCAGAUCAAUGCGUAAUGGCCUACGGGGAUUUUAAUGUUGUAGACCAAAUGACCACUUUUUCCGCCAUCUAUCCGAAUUUUAAACAAUAACAAGUUUCGAACUCAAGUCGGGAGUCACAAGGAGUCUAGAAUUUGUAACUUGUCAAAAGGCGAGCCGGGCACAGAUUGGCCAAACCCACUGAAACGGUGCAGAAUCUGAAAUAUCACUUGUAGAUACUGGAAACGAUGUGUUGCUUAUUGCUGUCACAUGACGGUCAUGUGGCCAAAAAAGUUCAUGUGACCAAACAGAACUCUGAAUGACAGACUUUGGCUUGAGGAAGUUGGUCACCUCACUGAUAUACUGUAUAGACAUACUGUAGAUUGACUGGGAUACAACCUUGAACGAUCAUUCAGAUUAGACAAGAUCUAGUAAAGAAAUGGAGGAAAAGUUCAAUUUGAUUUUCCUUUCCUUGGUUUUGCUGAAUGUAGCUGUAGAUCUAGAAUGCAAAGUUAUGCAUUUGUCAAAAGACUCAAAUGAGAACAAUGUCAUAAAAAUGGAUAUUCCAGAUCCUUUAAAAAGUAAUGAUGGGGAUACAUCAUCAGGCGAUAAAUCAUGCGACAUUAGUGACAAUGAUAGGUUUGACUGUUUCUCUGACAGAGGGGCAACUCAGGCGAAAUGUGAAGCAAGGGGCUGCUGUUGGAAACCUGCGUCUAGCAAUGGGAUCCCUUAUUGCUUCUACCCAACUGAUAAUGAAGGAUACAAAGUGGACUCCGAAACUUUAACAGAAUGGGGCAUGACAGCAAAAUUGUCUCGUAGCUCAAAAUCACAUUGGCCAGAGGAUGUAAUGCAACUCCAGCUUGAUGUAAAGUAUGAGACAGCCUCCAGAUUACAUUUUAAGAUAUUUGACCCGAACCAUGCUAGAUAUGAGGUGCCAAUAGAGACACCACAAGUGAAUAACAAGGCCCACACGACAGACUAUGCAGUGACUAUCAGCAAACAACCAUUUGCCAUCACUGUCACCAGAAAAUCUACCAACCAACCUGUAUUUGACACAAAGUUGAAUACACCAUUUAUAUUUGCAAACCAGUAUAUUGAAAUUUCCACAUCUUUAGCUAAUAAGUUUGUGUAUGGACUUGGUGAACACAGGAGUUCCUUUCAACUGAAUACAACAUGGCAGACAUUGGCAUUCUGGGCAAGAGACCAACCACCAACACCUAAUGUUAACUUGUAUGGAGAUCAUCCUUUCUUCAUGAGCUUUGAUGACAUAGGAAAUGCAUAUGGAGUCUUCCUGCUGAACAGCAAUGCAAUGGAUAUAAGCCUCCAACCAAAACCAGCUGCUACAUAUAGAACCAUUGGAGGCAUUCUUGAUUUUUACAUUUUUCUUGGCCCAACUCCUGAUGAUGUAAUCAAGCAAUAUCAGGGAACCAUUGGCUACCCAUUCAUGCCUCCCUAUUGGUCACUUGGUUUCCAUCUCUGUCGAUAUGGAUACAAGAGUAGCGAUGACAUUCGUACAGUAAUUAAUCGCAUGCAAGCUGGAAAAUUUCCAUAUGAUGCCCAGUGGUGUGACAUUGAUUACAUGAAAGACCACCUGGACUGGACCUAUGAUGCUGACAAAUUCAAAGACCUUCCCACGAUUGUGAAAGAUCUGCAUGAUAAUGGCAUGCAUUAUGUCAACAUCAUUGACCCUGGUAUCAGCAGCACUCAGCCCAAAGGCAGCUACAAACCCUAUGAUGAUGGUCUCAGACAAGGGGUCUUUGUAAUGAAGGCAGAUGGCUCAGGUCCUAUCAUUGGAAAGGUGUGGCCAGGAAAUACUGCAUACCCUGACUUUACCAACCCUACCACCAUAGACUACUGGUACCAAUCUGCAAGUGACUUCCAUAACCAGGUCCCCUUUGAUGGCCUCUGGACUGAUAUGAAUGAACCAUCUAACUUUGAUGUUGGUUCAACUGAAGGCUGUAGCACCAAUCCAUUAGAUGACCCUCCAUUCACACCAGGUAUAGCAGGUGGUAGACUUGCUGACAAGACACUGUGUGCCUCAUCGAAACAUCACACUACAACUCACUACAAUGUACACAGUCUCUAUGGGCAUGGGGAGGCAAUUGCCUCUAACCUAGCACUGAAAAAGAUUCGAAACAAACGUCCCCUUGUGAUCACAAGAUCCUCAUUCCCAAGCACUGGUAGACAUGCAGGUCACUGGCUGGGAGACAAUAAUUCUGGCUGGAAUGAUCUCUAUUACUCUAUACCAGGUAUUUUGAACUUCAAUAUGUUUGGAAUUCCUCUGGUAGGACCUGAUACAUGUGGAUUUGGUGGCACCACAACUGAGGAGCUGUGUACACGCUGGAUGGAACUGGCAGCUUUCUACCCAUUCAUGAGGAAUCAUAACACUAUCGGAGCUAAGGAUCAAGAUCCUGCUGUAUUUAGCCCUGCUGCACAGGAUACCAUGAGGGAUGCUCUGAUGAUGCGUUACAACCUUCUGCCACAUCUUUAUACUCUCUUCUACAGAGCACACAUCAAUGGUUCUAUGGUUGUACGCCCUCUAUCGUUCCAGUAUCCUAAAGAUAAAGCCACAUACGCCAUAGAUAAACAAUUUCUUUGGAGCAACACUCUCAUGAUCUCCCCAGUGUUAGAACAGGGCAAGACUUCAGUUAGUGCCUAUCUGCCAAGAGACACCUGGUUUGACUACCACUCUGGUGUUGCUGUAACUGGCACAGGGAGCUGGGUAACCCUCAAUGCCCCUCUUAACUACAUUAAUGUUCAUGUCAGGGGUGGCUCAAUCAUUCCUCGCCAGCAGGCAGAUGUCACAACCACUGCUGCGAGAAAGAAUCCCUUCAAUCUGCUUGUUGUCCUGUCUGCUAACGGGAAGGCAACUGGAGAGCUGUAUUGGGAUGAUGGUGAUACCAUAGAUACUACAGAGCAUGGUGUAUACAACCUCAUACAGUUCACUGCUUAUAAUAACACCCUACAAUCAAGAGUACAAUUAGCUAACUUCCAUACAUCAAUGGUGCUAGGUGAGGUUGAUGUAUUUGGACUCCUUUCCAAACCUUCAGCAGUCUCAGUCAAUGGAAAGUCUGCCACAUUUCACUUCACCGAAAACAAGGUGCUUUCAAUUAGUGUUGUGCCAUUGAGUGUAGACCUGCAGCAAUCAUUUACAGCAACAUGGACUCUGUAGCACAAGUCACCAUUCACAAAUAAGGGAGCAACACAAUCCCUGUAACUUGAAUUGUUUACAAUAGAGGCAGCAGGGGUCUUCUAUAGUCAUUGUUUAAGGCCAGGAGCUGGCAACAUUGUACUUAAUUGACACACUAGAGAUCAACUGGAACGAAGACAUUAUGUCAUAUCUACGAGGGUUGUCCCAGAAGUA